CUCACUAAUUUCUUCAGUCAAUAUGUGUUCAAAUGCUUCCAGGUUGAUGACACAAGCAGUGAAGAUUGCAAAGAAACUGAUUGUAAAUACCCUAUCGAGGGGAAUAAGUCAGACUAUCCGCUAUAAACAAUCUGAAGGAAGCUAGUUAUGAAUACAACAGAAAUCCCGUUUCAAAUGAUUUUAGCAUCUCUAAGUCACGGGCUUGACAUAAACCAGGGCCAUCUUUUGCUACUGAUUUAGGAAUGAUUUGAAGACAUAAUCAUUCGUCUUCGCAGAGCAUGAUUAAUGACGAUGAUCACCACCCUGAGAUUAAUGAAAUUAUACCUUAUCAAUCACAUGUAAAUUUCCACCCUGUAAAAGCUCUAAGUUCACCUAAAGUUUACCUAGAAAAAGCAAAGGACCACUACUUGCUUAAAUCUGGAAGGAGGCUAUUGUCUACAAAAUAACAAGGUAGUCAGAACAAAUUUCUCAAAGAUUGCCUUAGUCAGUUACCCUGGGUCUGGAGAGGCCUUCCUUAGAGAAAGUCUUGAAGAAAUCACUAAAAUUUUUACAGCUGACGAUACAGAGCAUGAGUAUAAGAUGAGCCCUAAAAUUAGCAAUGCUUGGAUAAUUAACACCCAUUUCCCGCUCCAAAAAGCUCAGAAGUUUAAAGCAAAGAAGGCUAUUGUUCUAAUAUAAGAGAUCCAUUGGAAACAAUUGUCGAAAGCAAAAAGAAGGUAUUUCUGUCAGAUACCAACUCACAAGCCUCAGUCAGGUUAGAAAAAUUUGAGAGCAGUGACUCCCUUGAUGCCAAGAAGUUAGAAAAAUGGGCUAGAUUUUAUGAAUAUUGGAUAGACCCGAAACGGGAAUGUUUAACAUAUUUCGUGAAAUAUUCAGAUUUAGUUAAGGACCACCCGAAAGUGAUGAAAGAUUUAUGAUGAUUUUUGAUUGGGUGACAGAAGAAGGAUCUAAAAGGAAGUGUACUUGAAAAGUUAUGAAACUCAAAAAUAAUCCACGCCUCCAGACACCUCACCCCUCCUUCCUGCUCUCUCUCCCACUCGACCAACACACAUCUCCUAUCCACACCUGGAGUUACCAAAAUCCUCAAUUUCACUGGUCGCUUACAUCCCAGAAUCGUUCUUCCUCUCCGUAUGUCCUUCUGUCCAAACCCUUGCUCUGAUGCAGAAAUCCUACAAGAAUCCGCAGCUUCAGCUGCAGUUAGAACUUCAGUACAAGGUAGCUACCCAAAAUACGAAUUAUCGUUAGAUGAAGAAGAAAGAGAGGAACAGAAUCCAACGAUAGACCAACGCAACCAGUUUUGCUAUUUUCAAGCGAUUGAGAAGGAACCGAAAGAGAUGGAAUAUAUGCUCCUGAAUAAAGAAAAAGAUGUCAAGGUGUUCCUUCGGAAUCGGAUUAAACAAUUUGAGUAAUCUAUCAGUUGCCUUGAAACUCGAAUUUAAUUUAGAAACUCUUUGAUGCAAUAUUCAAAUUCAAUUAUUUAUCAAC